ACAGCCCCGCCCCCAUCUUCUCAGGCGUCUGCCAUGGUCGACGCCGGCCCGCCCCGAUCUUCUCAAGCGCAUGCCACGGUCGACGCCGAUCUACCUCGAUCUUCUACCGCGCCUCCCAUGGUCGACACAGCACGACCCCAAUCUUCUCCGCUGCAUGCCAUGGUUGACGCCAACUCGCCUCGAUCUUGUACCUGUGAUGCCAUGGUUGACGCUGACCUACCUCGAUCUUCUACCUGUGAUGCCAUGGUUGACGUCGAUCUGCCCCAAACGAGCAUAGCCCCAUGGGUCCUGACCCCAUCAAGCACAACCACAUGGAUCCCGUCAGCAGGAACCACACAUCUCAUUUCACCUUUUGGAACACGCGCGCUCGAGGCCGCCGGGAUCCGCGAAACCUGCCACCGCGGCAGCAAGCAACCACGCCGCGGCCCACACCACCGGGGCACAACCCAUCUCUGCGACGCUGCAGCCGGAGGCUCACAGGAGAGCGCCAAAAACCAAGCGCGAUAGCCCCCUUACGGCUGCAACGGCAACGGGUUCUGCUGUGGACUGUGGUCGGGGAGGAGGAUUGGAGGUGGAGGAGUGGGAAGGGAGGGAGGGAGAGGUCCCGCCCAG